AGCAGAGGAGGAGACAUGGCUCAGACAUGUGGGUGCAGCUCUGGAGAUAGUAGAUGGUCUCUCAAGGGAAUGACUGCUCUUGUAACCGGUGGAACUAAAGGAAUUGGGCAUGCAAUUGUGGAGGAACUGGCUGGAUUAGGAGCAACCAUACACACGUGUUCUCGAAAAGAAACCGAGCUCAAUGAAUGCUUAAAGGAUUGGAAAGCUAAAGGUUUUGGAGUGAGUGGUUCAGUGUGUGAUGUAUCCUCUCGGGCCCAAAGGGAGAAGCUAAUGGAGACUGUCUCUUCUGUGUUCAAUGGGAAGCUGAAUAUCCUUGUCAACAACGCUGCUAUUGUUAUUCAGAAACCAACAGUAGAGGUCACGGCAGAAGAGUUCUCAACAAUCAUGGCCAUAAAUUUUGAAUUAUAUUAA